AAGAGUCACUAUGCGAUGUACGGCCGCCUAAUAGACGCCCUUUCCCGGAGGAACCACACGUUAACCAUCUUAACGCAUUUUACCAUGAAAAAUCCACCACCUAACGUAGAAGAGAUAAAUUUAGCAGGCACAAUUCCAGAAAUAACAAAUAAUCUCACUAAACAGCACACAUCUCUAAAACCAGAUUUCAUGAGAAACUUGGACCAAAUCAUGAAGGAAUGCGUCCACGCAUGCGAUGUCGUGUCACAAAACCCGGCCGUGAAGGCGCUGGUCAACUCGUCUAAAACUUACGAUUUAAUCAUUUUAGAGGUUUUUGGCAGCGAAUGUUUCCUACCCUUCGGCAAUCGAUUCAAAGCUCCAGUUGUCGGGCUCUUAUCAAGUGUUCCUCUGCCAUGGGUCAAUGAGCAGUUAGGAAAUCCAGAGGGAACGGCCUACAUACCAGCAUACAUGAUGGGUUAUGGACAACGUAUGAAGCUAUGGGAACGUUUUGUAAACACCGUAGCUGUAAUAUUUGCGAAGAUAAGUUACAAAAUUAAGUCGCAGAUACCAUCACAGGUGAUUGCUGAUCGUCUUUUUGGUUCUGGUCCAAAAUUGGAAACACUAGCUCAAAAUUAUAGUGUGGUUUUAGCUAACAGCCAUUUUAGUAUUAACGAAGUGCGACCAUUGGUUCCUGCUCUUGUUGAAGUUGGAGGCUUACAUCUUGACAAUUCACAAAUAAUGCCAAAGGCUUUAAAGAGGUUUUUAGAUAGCUCGUACGAAGGUGUUAUUUAUUGGAGCUUCGGCUCUAUGUCGCGGAUCGAAACAAUAUCAAGUGAAAAAUUGGCACAGAUUUUUACGGCGUUAUCUGAACUAUCUCAAACUGUCCUGGUGAGAUUAGAUCGGAAGUUGCUUUCUAGCAAUCUCACAGUCCCAGACAACGUUUAUACUAUGAAGUGGAUACCACAAUAUAAAACUUUAUGUCACCCAAACGUACAAUUGUUUAUAUCACAUGGUGGUCUACUCGGGACACAAGAGGCGGUCGCGUGUGGGGUACCGAUGCUCAUAGUGCCUCUGUAUGCUGACCAGGCGCUGAACGGUCACGCUAUGAGUGAUCGCGGUGUUGCACGAAUCAUUUCCUUAAGAUAUUCAAGUACAGCGUCUUGGAAAGAAGCUUUCUAUGAUUUGUUUACAAAUGUUAGGUAUAAGGAAAAUGCAUUAAAAUUAAAAGAUAUAUUCCUGGACCGCCCCAUGUCACCCCUAGACACUGGGGUUUACUGGAUAGAGUAUGUCCUUAGACACAAGGGUGCUGGCCACAUGCGUUCUCCAGCCCUCGACUUAUCCUACUCACAGUAUCUACUUCUAGAUUUUUUAGCUUUUAGCAUUAUUAGCAUAUGUUUAGUUAUUUACCUACUUCAUAAAUUAUUUCGCUAUUUAUGCACUAGGUGUAUUUGGCGGUUUCCUAAAGCGAUCGUCUCAGAAAAGAUACUUUUCAGGCGAAACAGUAAUCUAUUUCAUUAUUUUCUUUGGAUAUACAAGUUGAAAACGAACUAAUGGUUUUUUUUUUAGCAACCGAUCUCUAGUGUAAACUUUGUAAAUAAUUAUAUGUAAGCUAUUUAUUAGUUUCGCCUUUCGUAAGAGAUUAAUUGAUUGUAUGAGAUUAGUGUUAUAUCAAAAGAACUGUGGGGGGAAUUUGUUUGGAAGAGUCUUAAAACCAAGGGCGUAACUAUAAUUUUGUAAGAUAAAAAUAAAUAAAUAUGUAAAACUCGAUAAUUAUGAGAUUUUUUUUUUUAAUUUACUGCAACUAUUCAUUCACUUUCACUAUUUACAAUACUUCUAUAAUAGGGUGAGGAGGUUUUGGCUAAAUCUACCUAAAAAUUAUUAUUAGUUUCGAUUCAGGGUGGGGAAAGCCUCACCUUUCCCUACCGUAUGUAUGCUUAAAACUCUAGCUACAGAAAUGCAAUUAAUUUCACAAUGUGAAAUGGAACAAAAGGAAAUGAUUUGUAAUAAAAAAUAAUAAUUAUGUCCACUCA